AUGGCUGUUUCAUCUACUCAGGGCUAUUUCCAAGACUUGCAAGACCGGAAGCAUGGGAGUGAGGACGUUUCGCUUCUCUUUGAGACUUAUAUUGUGAAACCUCUGUCCAAGGUCAAUUCGCAGGUAUUCAUCGUAAUUGAUGGUAUUGAUGAGUGUCUGUUUAUGGGGGAAGAUUUACCUCAUUUUGAUGACAAGUCUAGUGCCAUUCUUGAGUCAUUCACCAAAUUGCAAUGCCAAUGCCUUUUGACAAGUCGACCGAUGCCGAUAUCAAACGGAAAACUCAGUCUAUGGUUGCAUCAUCGACUUACAACUGAGAAUUUGGAAGAUAUAAGGCCAAGCCUCUCGGCCCAAGAAUUCAAGGAUAUAUUAAGUGACAAUCCCAGCAAACUGAAUCAAGUUUAUACUGAACUCUUUGAUCGAAUUAACCAACUGGCACGGAAGCUAUGGUGUCUAUAUUUCAUGGAGAGGUAUAUGCGUUUCGCGAGUUUAUUCAAGUCAACUGCGGGUCGAUAUUGA